UAUCCUAGAAGAAAAAAAACUUCUAACUGUAUAGGAUAAAAGUAGAGAAUGAAAACAUAGUCUUAUAUUGAUUGAACUGGUGUAAAUAAAUGGUUGAACAGGUUAUUGAUUGUUAUACCAGGUAAACUAUGAAGCAGAUAACGUCUAUUUUAUUCUACUCGCGAUCACAGUGGUGCUAGCUACGACCCAGUAACUAGUUCAGUUUUCUUCUCAAGCUGAAGAAAUCUAAAAUAGUUAAUUUAAAAAAUGACUAUUAGUUAAAAAAAAAAUUCCAAAAAUUAAAAAAAAAAUUUUUUUAAAAACAUAAAAAGAAAAAAUAAAAAUGGCACGGUUUGCUUACGAAUGUAAUGAUGAUAUAAAGUUAAAUGAUACAAAUUAUGAAUCAAACAUACGAACAUAUAUGUGUCCAGCUGAAAAAUCUUAUUGUCUGUAUUGCUGUUGCAAUCCACAGUGUUGUCUUUUGAUACAGAGACGUCCUCCGAAACAUUUUUGGGAAGCUUGGUACUUCUGGCUUGGUAUAGCUUUACUUAUUUUCCUAAUUUUAUCAUCUAUUAGCACUUACAUAGUCAGUAAUUGUCGUUAUGGUUUUAAUUUAAGGACAACUAGUAAUAAUUUACAAGUACCUUCACUAAGCGGGGGUACUAGAAUUAAUGAUGAAUUGAAUGAAAUAUCAAUUCAUGUUAUACCGACAACGGAUAUUCUAUUGUCAACGUCUCAUAUAAAAAUGCAAUUGGCCGCUCCACAGCCAAAUGCUAUGCACAUGACCCCAAUUGUAGCUUAAAAACAAAUGGACAAUCUCGUCUUUCCAAUAAAUUUCAAUGAUUUUUCUAUUGUUUAUUUAAAAAAAUAGAUUUUGGGACGUAUUUUUCUUUUUAUAUAUAAAGAUGAUGGAUAAAGAAAAAAAAAUUCUUGCAUCACAGAUUAAAACGAAUCGGCGCGAAAGUUAUUAACUGGAUAAUAAAUCACGUUAUAAAAAACUAUAUUUUUAACAAGUCAAUAAAGACAUUUUAAUAUUA